AUGGGUCCAACCCUCCCAUGGGUCAACCCUCCCAUGGGCCCAACCCUCCCAUGGGUCCAACCCUCCCAUGGGUCAACCCUCCCAUGGGCCCAACCCUCCCAUGGGUCCACCCCCUCCCAUGGGUCCACCCCUCCCAUGGGUUCCAACCCCUCCCAUGGGUCCACCCUCCAUUGGUCCAACCCUCCCAUGGAUCGCCACCCCUCCCAUGAGUCCACCCCUCCCAUGGGUCCAACCCUCCCAUGGGGUCCAACCCUCCCAUGGGUCACAACUCACACCCCUCCCAUGGGUCAACCCUCCCAUGGGUCAACCCUCCCAUGGGUCAACCCCUCCCAUGGGCCCAACCCUCCCAUGGGUCCAACCCUCCCAUGGGUCAAACCCUCCCAUGGGCCUACCCUCCCAUGGGUCCACCCCUCCCAUGGGUCCACCCCUCCAUGGGUCAACCCUCCCAUUGGGCCCAACCCUCCCAUGGGUCCAACCCUCCCAUGGGUCAACCCUCCCAUGGGUCCACCCCUCCCAUGGGUCCAACCCUCCCAUGGGUCCAACCCUCCCAUGGGUCAACCCUCCCAUGGGUCCACCCCUCCCAUGAGUCCACCCCUCCCAUGGGUCCAACCCUCCCAUGGGUCCACCCCUCCCAUGGGUCCACCCCUCCCAUGGCCGGUGAUCCAGGACCCCUCAGAUCACCUCAGGACUCAGGCUUCUUUCCUCACUGACGUCAGAAUUCAAUUUCAAUCAGUGUCCACAGAAUCUGCAAACACCCGACAGCUGAGCCUGCCUUAA